AUGGUUCAAAGAUCGCAAGAAUAUAACCAUCUUAUAAGCAGAUAUUCAGAUUAUCAAGACAGUAAGCUUACAGCUCAAGAUUUAAGUAAUUAUGCCUCCCCUUCUUAUUCUAACUCUUACAAUGGCUCUGAGUCAAAGUCAAAAGCAUAUGCUCAAGCUAUGAGAAAACUUCAAGAACAUAUAAGGUUUCUUGAGCAGGAAAAUGCUCGUUUGCUUGAAAAAGCUAACGAUAGCGAAAGACGAUACUUUCAAGAAAGAGAAAUAAACGAAAAAAAAUAUUUAGAGGAGAUCAAAAUCCUUUCAGAAAAUUUAAAAAAAUCUCAAGAAAGACUACGGGAGUUGGAGGAAGAGCACAGUGGCUGCUUCAGGAAACUGUUAACAUUUGAAGAUCAGGUGAAACUCAAAGAAAGCCAAAUAAAUCAUUUAGAAAUUGAUGCAAAAAAUACGAAAGAUCAAUUAUUAAUAGACAAUGAAAAUUUAAAGCUCCGUAUUGAGCAUCUAAACAGACAACUAGCAAACAGCUCAGGUGAUGAAGAAGCUCUGCUUGGAAAAAUAGAAAAAUGUGAAAGAGAAAAAGGAAUGCUGCAAUCUGAGAUCGAAAGGCUGAAUAACUGAAAUCAUCAACUAGAAAAGGAUCUUAAGUUCGCACAAGAGAGGUCCAUGAAUGAAAAACAAAUUAUUCAAAAGGAUUUCCAAAGUGCUGAGUCAAGUCUUUUGAGUAAAAAUGAAGUAUUGCUUGACCAAAUAAGAGAACUUGAAAUAAAAAACUUGUCAAUUGGCAAAGAAAAUAGCAUGCACAUUGACCAAAUCAGAUUUCUUCAAAGAGAAAUUGAAGAUUUGAGGAGUAGCAGAUCGUUAACUGCGAGAAAUGUAAGUCCUAAGCCCAGAGUAACAUCUACAGUCACUCCUAAAAAGCCUGCUUUAAGGACGAAAUCUGCAAUUAAGGGAAAAGAUCUAAGCCAUUCUCUUUCAUCUUCAACUUUCAGGGCUAACCGGCAUAUAAAUCUAGGUUGCUUCAAAAGAGACACAUCUAAAGAAAGCAUAAGGUCUGGCUCUCAUUCUAGAUCUGUCAGUCCAAAACCGAAUUCUGACAAUGAUUUGCCAAGACGAAUAAGUAGGCUAGAAAGGGAGCUGCAGGAUCUAAAUAAAGACUAUAGGCAUUUACUUCAUAUGUCCAAUAGUGAAUCCAGCAACUUCGGAAACUUAAAAAAUGAAAUCAGCAGUAUCGCCUUAGAAAUGGAAAGAAAAGGAGACGAGCUAUAUCAGCUGAAAAAGAAAAACCAAGGCUAUUAA